UAUGACUUGGAAAUGCUUGGCCUUUGAUGAACACAUCGAGGCCUCUCUCUUUCUUUCUCUCUGAAAUUAAAACAAGAAGACCUGCAUUUUCUCUUUCAUCUUUUCAUGAUUUCCUGACAAAGAGAUAUUAGAAUGAUGGAUCUAAAAUCUCCUGAACUUGAUUCUGAUUUUGUUGAAGUUGAUCCCACUGGUAGAUAUGGAAGGUACAAUGAAAUCCUUGGAAAAGGAGCUUCCAAGACAGUGUACAGAGCCUUUGAUGAAUAUGAAGGAAUUGAGGUGGCAUGGAACCAGGUGAAGCUGUAUGACUUCUUACAGAGCCCUGAAGAUCUAGAGAAGCUUUACUAUGAAAUCCAUCUCCUCGAGACCUUAAAACACAAGAACAUCAUGAAGUUCUACACCUCUUGGGUUGAUACUGCUAACAGAAACAUCAAUUUCAUCACUGAGAUGUUCACCUCAAGCACCCUCAGCCAGUAUAGGCAAAAGCACAAGAGGGUGAACAUAAGGGCAAUGAAGCAUUGGUGUAGGCAGAUCUUGAAAGGGCUUCUCUAUUUGCAUAGCCAUGACCCACCUGUGAUCCAUAGAGAUCUCAAGUGUGACAACGUCUUUGUCAAUGGUAAUCAAGGUGAGGUCAAGAUCGGGGAUCUUGGCCUGGCUGCCAUCCUCCGAAAAUCUUAUGCCGCUCAUUGCGUCGGUCAGUUCCUGCCCAUCUUAUGCUUCUAUCAGAUUUCCCAAUGAAAGAAUAGCAAAACUCUCUGCUGGUGUUGUUGUC